UCCAUCUCUUUCCGUUUCAUUGCAUCCCGAUCGGGGAGUUCCUGGGUCGGAGAUGAGAUUGGUUGUUAAGAAAACAAUGGCUGCUUUGUGAGAGGGUCCCGCUGUGAUAGGAUUGGUGGGGGGCACAUAGAUGGUCAGCGCUUAGUGAAGCGUAGCCACUUCAUUAGUCAGGGUUCUCCUCGUGCACCUCCUCCUCUCAUCCCUUUCUUUCUCUCUCUCCCUCCCUCCGUCCCGUCAUUCCCUCGCUGGCGUUCCCUCCACCCAGUCGUGGACGCAGAGGCAGGAGCCGCUCUGGCUGAACAUUUCUGAACACUGUGCAGGGACCUGACAUGGUUAGUCCACGGUGUGUCCAAUAGGCUGACAGGAGUUGGACGCUGGACAGGUUUCUUCAGUAGUUUGAGUUGUUUCUGUUCCGCGGUAAGUGAGAUGAUGUCAGACAGACUUGCGUCUCCUCUCGUCUGCACGCAUCACUCCCUGUUGUUUAGAAUGAAGAAGUGAACACAAUCAUGGCUGUCCAGACUGGCAUCCAGGUUUGGUUCAGCGAGAAGUUCGACGCCCCCCUGCUGAGUCCCAGGUGCCCCCGCAGCCCGUUGGCUCAGCGGCACGGCCCCGGCCUCUCCAACGUUUUCCAGUAUGACCAGUGGCUGGCGGUCCGUCACGAGGCCACGCUGGUCCCCAUGCAAGAGGACCUGGCCAUCUGGCUCAGUGGCAUGUUGGGAGAGGAAUUGAGAGCCGAACUGUUCAUGGAGGAGCUGGAUAACGGCGUGAAGCUCUGCCAGCUGAUCGGCGCCCUGCAGACCAAGGUCGCCCAGACCUGCCCCACAGCGCUACCCAAGCUCUUCCCCACCAGGAAGGUGGCCUGUAAGCGUGACGCCUCCCCGGGUUCCUUCUUCGCUCGGGACAACACGGCCAACUUCCUGGCCUGGUGCCGGCACGUCGGCGUGGACGACACCUACCUGUUUGAGUCGGAGGGCCUCGUGCUGCACAAGGAGCCUCGGCAGGUGUGUCUGUGUCUGCUGGAGGUCGGCCGGAUCGUCUCCAGAUACGGGGUGGAGCCGCCCGUGUUGGUGAAGCUGGAGAAGGAGAUCGAGCUGGAGGAGACGCUGCUGAUGACGGAAGAUCCUCCCGCCGCGGUGAAGACCUUCAGCGUGUGCUGCCAGCACGGGGCGCUCUACCACCCAGAGGAGCUCAGCAUGGAUGACCCUCCCUGUAACUGCUCCAACAAGGUGUCCAUAGAGUACCUGUCGGAGGGACGCUACAGACUGGGCGAUAAGACAAUAUUCAUCAGAAUGCUGCACGGCAAACACGUGAUGGUGCGAGUUGGCGGGGGCUGGGACACCCUGAGGGGCUUCCUGACCAAGUACGACCCUCUGCGGGUGCUGCAGUUCACCACACUGGAGCAGAAGAUCCUGGCCUUUCAGAAGGGCCCACCUGGUUUGGGCGGUCACCGUGCCAACAACGCUCCACCCCCUCCGCCUCAUAUGGACCCUCUUGCUGCAGUUAAUGGCCUCAUCUCCUCCUCUGCUUCCUCCUCUUCCUCCUGCUCUUCAUCAGCAUCUGUGCCCCCUGUAGGACAGAGCUGCCGCUCGUACGUCCCCUCCCCUGCCUGCACCCCCAUCUUGGCGAGGAAAGGUUCUGCUGCACCACCGAAGAAGGACCUCCAGACGGUGCCGUCCUCCCCCAGGAAGCCCACCCAACUCCCCCUACCCGUCCCCACCAAAGGCUCCUCUUCUCUGCCCUCCUCACCUGUGAGCAGCUCCUGCAGGUGGGCCCCCAGCCCGGGCAGUCACCGCAGAGCCCUGACUCCAUCAGCUCCCCCUGUGGAGCCAAGCUCUGCCUCGAAGCUAAAGCCCUGCCCACAUGGUCCUUCUGCCCACCCCAGGAGCCCGGUCUGCCCUGAGCCUUCCUCCAAAUGCCCCAAACCUUCCAGCCCAUGUACCUCCCCCACUACUGAGCACAUGCCCCGUUCCACCACCGUAUGUGCCCCCAGAGACAUUAAGCCUCCCUCAGGCGCCAGCCAGCGCUCCCACCUUGCACAGAGGCGCUCCGGCUCUCCGGCGUCACGCCUCCGACUGGGGACGAUCAGGAAGGCCAGGGUGGCCACAAGGACUGUGCCGGUACAAAAAACGGUACCCCGACAGUUCCCGUCCCCCUGCUCCCAGGCUGGCUCCUCCUGUGCCCCAACCCCCUGCUCCCAGGCUGGCUCCUCCCGUGCCCCAACCCCCUGCUCCCAGGCUGUGUCCCCAGCAACAGUAACUUCUAUCUGCUCCAUGUCAAAGGUUAAAAUCAAGGUGGCCUCUGCCAUCCCUGGGCCGGUCCCAAGUAUUCCCUCCUCUUCCUCUAAAGGUAAUCAGAAGGCCCCCCCCACAGCACAGAGGACUGUGAGAAAACCAGCAGCUCCAGGGAACCCCAGCACAAAGACGGCGCUGAAGCCUGAAGCAACGACAACUCAACCCACAACCUCUCAGAGAAACCCAGUGAAAGCUGCAGAGAAGAUCCCACAGAGCAAGACCAGGAGUGACAAGCCAUACUUUGAAAUGACCACUAGGAGGAAGCAGAGAGCCUGAAAUGGCGCCCUCUAAAGGCUUCAUGAAACCAGCAGCACUUGUUGGUGCUCAGUCUUUACAUUGAUAUCAUCUCUAAUCCUUGUGUCUGAUCAUGUCUGUAAUUUUGUUUUUGAUUAUUCUUUUUAAUUAUUUAAUAGUCUUUUUUUUUAUCCAACUGUGGUCUCUUUAGAGAUCAGAUUUACAUUAAUAAACUCAAAACUUGCACAAUGUUUACAUUUAAUUAUGACAAUAUUUAAAUCAUAAAUGGUCUUAGAGGGAAAUUAUGUUCAACAUACAACAUGAAACUUUUUAGACCCAACUCAUGAAUAUAGUUGGUUUAAGACAAGUUUUACAUAAACUUCUGUCUUUCCUUAGCAGGUUACCAAAGUUGAAAAAAAUGACUAGAAAUAUGCUUGAAUUUUAUUUAUAUUUUCCUGAGAUUCCAGUUUCAGCUUGUGAAAACGACUGGAUGUCAGGCCACCUAAAAACUAAUCAGUUUCUCCACAUUUUGUCACAACCUUAAUUGCAAAAUUAACCAUUUUUCAUAUUUGGCUUCAACUCUAGCUCGUCUGUCUGCCUAGUUGCUGUUACAGAAAGACCUCCCCACAGAGUGAAGCUGCCACCGCCGUGCUUCACAAUAUGGGGUGGUAUUAACCAGAUGGUGCCUUUUGUUUUUUUUCUUUACUCUGGAUCAGCAUUUCUCAAUUCCAGUCCUCAGGCCCCCCUGCCCUGCAUGUUUUAGGUGUUUCCCUUCUGUUACACACCUGGAUUGAAUCUUUGGGUGAUUAACAGGCUUUUGCAGCACUUGAUGGUGAUGCAAUCAUUUGAAUCAGCUGUUUCUUGAAUAGAGGCACAUCUAAAACAUGCAGAGCAGGGGGGCCUGAGGACCGGAAUUGAGAAGCACUGCUCUGGAUCAAGGUUGCAGCAUAAUGUGGAGCGUUGGCUGUAAAUACUUUCUGGACGUUCUGAACACCAGAUCCUGUUACUGCAGACUCCUUCCUGUCUUGUGCCUUUAAACAGAAAUCCUCCGUUCCUUCUCUCUCACCUGUGAUUCUGAGUGGCUGCAGAAUGUAUCAGAGGCCAGAAGGUGGUGCAUCGAGCAGCUGACACACUUUGAACACACUGUGUGUGACUUUUGCUUUUUGAAAGAAACUACUGAUCAGAUGCCUUCCCCUCCCUUUCUUUCUCCUGAAUCAAAAACACUGAGAAAACAGCAUUUAUAGAGCAGAAUCUACUUUGUAGAACGUCUUGUCUUUUUUUUUUGUAAUGGUGGUUUGUGUUUUUAUCAAUUUAUUUCUUAGCACUUUAUAUAAAACUUAUGUUGAAUGUCUGUUUUUGUCUGAUUAAUAAAUGGAUGUUGGUUUAAGA